AUGAGUAAAAACAGCAUUCAAGACUUAUUUCUUGAAUCUGUCAAUUUCUUGAUGACCUUACCACAUCCCCUCCCUUCAACAACAGUCAAUAUCCCGUCUAUCUACAUCUCUUGUUGCUUCUCUUUCUCUCUGUCAUCCUUCCAUAUCUGUCAUACCUCCUUUUGCUCUCUCCCAUACCUCUCUCCCCUCUUCUCUCUCUCAUUCCUCCCUCCCUACUUCCUCUCAUCUCUCUCUCUGUUCUCUCACUCCCUCCAGUCCCUUGAUGAAGAUUGUACCCUGGAGAAGGAGGGGGGGCUGGUAGAAGAAGAAGAUGAGAUUGACCAGUUUAAUGACGACACCUUCGGAGACGGAGCCAUCGGUGAGUCACUAUUGCCCAUCUUUCACCAACUGACUGACAAAACACCUGAAACUAAAUAAUAUCAAAACAAAAUCUAAAUAUUUGUAUACAGCAAAAACGAAAUAAAAACGAGCAAAUCAGGUGUGAAAACUAACUGAAACUAAACUACAAAUGAAAUAAAAACAAAUGUAAAUAACAAGACUAUAAUAACCUUGGGCCAUUGGACGUCCCCUUUAGCCUUGUGCAGGAAAUGCCCUCUGUCUAAUCGCAAAUACACCUCGCACACGAUACAGUUUUGGAAACAUUUGGAGCGUAGCUUUCAUAUGAACAAUAAAUAAUUGUUCUAAUACAGAACAUGCACUUUCUGUACGCAGUUUUGUAAAGUUGCAUCCGGCUGUGUUUUGAGUAACACCUGCUUAUGACCGGAAAUAUGGAAUGGUCUAAUGGAAAUGCGAGUGCAAGGUGAGAAGAUGUGUGGUACCUCGGUGGGAGGCUGUUUUACAGCCGGGUGCAACUUUGCUAAACCGCGUACAGUAAGUGUAGCUUUUGUAUUUGAAAGAUAAUUUCUCGCUGGUACGAAAGUUAAGUUCCAAAGGUUUCCAAAAUCGUAAGCAAGGAUUACAUUAAAUCAGAGCGUCAGGAUUGUAGUUCACAUGGAGCAUCUGAGAACCCAAAAGGGGGAAUGGCUGUAAGCCCCCAUGGGUUCUCGAAAACGAUGUUUCGCCUAGGCUAAAGCUGUGUUUGAGAAACGGGCCCAUAAUAAAUAGGAAGUUAUACGCAUUGUAACGUUGUCUGUUUUGUAGGACUGUCUCAACUAAAAAAAAUAUUUGUCGACCUAGAGUUGUCUGUUCUUUCGACCAAUCGAUAAAAUCAACUAUAUGUAGGCUACUGCGCUUGUCUAAUGCUUUGAGCACACUGUAAUUAAAUAAUGAAGACAUGCAAGUGACUCGAGGGAGCCAGAAAUCAAGAUGAAGAAAAACCUGUUCCCGACCCUCAUCCUCCCGCUGCGGCUGGCCUUUGCAGAUUCUGCUGUUACGCUUCUAAUAGGCUACGCCUUUUCCGUUUGAAGUGGCAAUUUAUCUUACCAUUUCUACCGAUCUGCGUGUCAGUUAUGAUUUUUAUAUGCACAUUUUCGAGGAUCAGUUUCAUUUAAUUUAUAAUAAAUUCUUUGUAUCUCAGUCAUGAUCAUGUGGUUAAUCAGAAUUCUAAAAGUAACUUUUAUUGCCAACUAUGUAAAAAUAGCCUACAUAAAGCCAACAAAUAAAAACAUUGCAGCCUGCAGGUAGAAAAUAUCCGGAUAAAAAUAAAAUAUCCUAUAAAUGACAUUGCCUAUGCAUGGCCUGCUGCAACGAACUUGAAACAUUGUAUCAACUAUUAACUUGGGUUGGCCUGAAGCGGGCACUAGCGAAGUUGCAACAUUGUAUAAAAUAUUCUGGACCCUCAGUUUCCUGCUCUGGACAGACAUAGCUGUAGACUAUUUGUGCAAGGGAUAAAAAGUAAUCAGGUAGGCCUAUUUUAUGACGUUUCCACCGGAUCAGAGCAUGACAUUUUUUCGCUUUCAUGCUGAGUGGUUAUCGAAAGGGAGAGAGCUGGAAAUAAUUUUCAAAUAAGCUACGUUGAGGAACUAUUGUCAUUCACAAUGGAUGUAAAAACAGACUUUGUUUACUUGCUGUUUGAGGUUAAGAAAAAAUGACUUUGUCUUAACUCACUACCACUGUGGAACUACAAUCAUAGAUGCUAUCAGAUCCCCAAAUGGGCACAUUUAUAGGCCUACAUUUAUGCGCAGGCUAGGUAGCCUAGGCUUACUUCUAUGUAUAAUCAGGUGUGUGUCCUUACUCAACAUUGACAGGAGCGCUACAAACAAAUGACAAUGAAUAAAUUGACAACUCCUAAAUAGAAUGAAAUAAACCAAAACUUGUUCCUCACAAGUGUAGCCUAGGUUGUGCGGUCCGCAAAACAAACAUGACCACUCCAACAAAGGGAAUGGUAAAAGACUGUAAUAAUAAUGUAUUGAAUACAUUAACAGAAAUUACUGUAACCAAACAAACAUUGUAGAUUAGAAUUAUGGGAAUAAACGGUGGCAUGCGAAAGUAUUCACCCCCUUGGCAUUUUUCCUAUUUUGUUGCCUUACCACCUGGAAUUUAAAUGGAUUUUGGGGGGGUUUGUAUCAUUUGAUUUACACAACAUGCCUACCACUUUGAAGAUGCAAAAUAUAUAUUUUUGUCAAACUAACAAGAAAUAAGACCAAAAAACAGAAGUUGUGCGUGCAUAACUAUUCACCCCCCCCCCCCCCCCCCCACAAAGUCAAUACUUUGUAGAGCCACCUUUUGCAGCAAUUACAGCUGCAAGUCUCUUGGGGUAUGUCUCUAUAAGCUUGGCACAUCUAGCCACUGCGAUGUUUGCCCAUUCUUCAAGGCAAAACUGCUCCAGACCCAUCAAGUUGGAUGGGUUCCACUGGUGUACAGCAAUCUUUAAGUCAUACCAAAGAUUCUCAAUUGGAUUGAAGUCUGGGCUUUGACUAGGCCAUUCCAAGACAUUUAAAUGUUUCCCCUUAAACCACUGGAGUGUUGCUUUAGCAGUAUGCUUAGGGUCAUUGUCCUGCUGGAAGGUGAACGUCCGUCCCAGUCUCAAAUCUCUGGAAGACUGAAACAGGUAUCCCUCAAGAAUUUCCAUGUAUUUAGCGCCAUCCAUCAUUCCUUCAUUUCUGACCAGUUCCCAAACAUCCCUACAGCAUGAUGCUGCCACCUCUUUGCUUCGGGGUGAUGAGAGGUGUUGGGUUUGCGCCAGACAUAGCGUUUUCCUUGAUUGCCAAAAAGCUCAAUUUUAUUCUCUUUUGCCUUUUGGCGAACACCAAAUGUGUUCGCUUAUUUUUUUCUUUGAGCAAUCGCUUUUUACUGGCCACUCUUACGUAACGCUCAGCUCUGUGGAGUGUACAGCUUAAAGUGGUCCUAUGGACAGAUACUACAAUCUCCGCCGUGGAGCUUUGCAGCUCCUUCAGGGUUAUCUUUGGUCUAUUUGUUGCCUCUCUGCCUUGUCUGUGAGUUUUGGUGGGCGGCCCUCUCUUGGCAGGUUUGUUGUUGUGCCAUAUUCUUUCCAUUUUUUAAUAAUGGAUUUAAUGGUGCUCCGUGGGAUGUUCAAAGUUUCUAUUUUUUUAUAACCCAACCCUGAUCUGUACUUCUCCACAACUUUGUCCCUGAUCUGAUUGGAGAGCUCCUUGGUCUUCAUGAAGCCGCUUGCUUGGUGGUGCCCCUUGCUUAGUGGUGUUGCAGACUCUGGGGCCUUUCAGAACAGGUGUGUGUAUAUAUACUGAGAUCAUGUGACAGAUCAUGUGACACUUAGAUUGCACACAGGUGGACUUUAUUUAACUAAUUAUGUGACUUCUGAAGGUUAUUGGUGGCGCCAGAUCUUAUUUAGGGGCUUCAUAACAAAGGGGGUGAAUACAUAUGCUCUUUUCCGUUAUUUAUUUUUUAGAAUUUUUUGAAACACUUACUUUUUUUCACUUCACCAAUUUGGACUAUUUUGUGUAUGUCCAUUACAUGAAAUCCAAAUAAAAAUCCAUUUAAAUUGCAGGUUGUAAUGCAACAACAUAGGAAAAAAACGCCAAGGGGGAUGAAUACUUUUGCAAGGCACUGUACUACUGCUGAUACCGGUGUGCCAUCCCCGCGGCCUCAGCAAUAGAUUAGUCCACUGGGACGUGUGAAUCGGACAGGCAUCUCGUGCCAUAAAAAAUGUAAUACAAAUUAGACUGCUCGACAAAAACAAUCUUGGUCGACCAACAGCCUAUCAACCAGUAGGGUCAGCCCUACUGUUUUGAGACUGUCAGAAUGCAAGGCAUAUGGUUAACUUAGCUAUAGCAUGUUGUUUAGUGGCAUACUAAGAGCAUUAAAGACUGAGCCAACCACAAACUCUUCUCGUUCUGAAUGACAAAGGCACAGAAGGCGUUAUCAUUUACUGAAGCACUGCCGCCGCAACGUGUUAUAUUACAAUUUACAUUUAAGUAAUUUAGCAGACGCUCUUAUCCAGAGCAACUUACAAAUUGGUGCAUUCAACUUAUGAUAGCCAGUGGGACAACCACUCAAAAUUAUUAUUAUUUAUUUUUCAGUAGAAGCAAACUCCUUUGUCAGCACCUGUGUGUGUGCAAUUGGCUGGGGAACGGAGAAACUCGUAAAGGCUCUUUUUAAAAAAUAUAUAAAGGCUACCGAAAUUGGUUCACUUAUUCCCUAAUAUACAGUACCAUUCAAAAGUUUGGACACCUACUCAUUCCAGUUUUUUUUUUAUUAUUUUCUAAAUUGUAGAAUAGUGAAGACAUCAAAACUGUCUUCACUAUUCUAGACCACUCCCGAGUGUGCCACUAGAGAUCCUGGUUCGAAUCCAGGCUCUGUCGUAGCCGGCCGCGACCGGGAGACCCAUGGGGCGGCGCACAAUUGGCCCAGCGUCGUCCAGGGUAGUGGAGGGAAUGGCCGGCAGGGAUGUAGCUCAGUUGUUAGAGCAUGGUGUUUGCAACGCCAGGGUUGUGGGUUCGUUUCCCACGGGGGGCCAGUAUGAAAAAAAUAAAAAUAAUGUAUGCACUCACUAACUGUAAGUCGCUCUGGAUAAGAGCGUCUGCUAAAUGACUAAAAUGUAAUGUAAAUGUAACUAUGAAACAACACAUAUGGAAUCAUGUAGUAAAUAAAGAAGUGUUAAACAAAUAAAAAAUAAAUGUUAUAUUUUAUAUUCUUCAAAUAGCCACCCUUGGCCUUGAUGCUGGCUUUGCACACUCUUGGCAUUCUCUCAACCAUCUUCAUGAGGUAGUCAACUGGAAUGCAUUUCAAUUAACAGGUGUGCCUUCUUAAAAGUUAAUUUAUGGAAUUUCUUUCCUUCUUAAUGCGUUUGAGCCAAUCAGUUAUGUUGUGAAAAGGUAGGGGGCGGUAUACAGAAGAUAGCCCUAUUUGGUAAAAGACCAAGUCCAUAUUAUGGCAAGAACAGCUCAAACAAGCAAAGAGAAACAACAGUCCAUCAUUACUUUAAGACAUGAAGGUUAGUCAAUACGGAACAUUUCAAGAACUUUGAAAGUUUCUUCAAGUGCAGUCGCAAAAACCAUCAAGUGCUAUGAUGAAACUGGCUCUCAUGAGGACCGCCAAAGGAAUGGAAGACCCAGAGUUACCUCUGCUGCAGAGGAUAAGUUCAUUAGUUACCAGCCUCAGAAAUUGCAGCCCAAAUAAAUGCUUCACAGAGUUCAAGUAACAGACACAUCUCAACAUCAACUGUUCAGAGGGGACUGUGUGAAUCAGGCCUUCAUGGUCGAAUUGCUGCAAAGAAACCACUACUAAAAGACACCAAUAAUAAGAAGAGACCUGCUUGGGCCUAGAAACACGAACAAUGGACAUUAGACCGGUGGAAAUUUGUCCUUUAGUCUGGAGUCCAAAUUUGAGAUUUUUGGUUCCAACCGCCGUGUCUUUGUGAGACGUGGUGUGAGUGAACGGAUGAUCGAAUUCAAGGCACACUUAACCAGCAUGGCCACCAGAAACAUAAUUCUACAGCGAUACGCCAUCCCAUCUGGUUUGGGCUUAGUGGGACUAUCAUUUGUCUAUCAACAGGACAAUGACCCAACACAUCUCCGGGCUGUGUAAGGGCUAUUUUACCAUGAAGGAGAGUGAUGGAGUGCUGCAUCAGAUGACCUUCACAAUCCCCCGACCUCAACCCAAUUAAGAUGGUUUGGGAUGAGUCGGACCGCAGAGUGAAGGAAAAGCAGCCAACAAGUGCAUAGCAUAUGUGGGAACUCCUUCAAGACUGUUAGAAAAGCAUUCCAGGUGAAGCUGGUUGAGAGAAUGCCAAGAGUGUGCAAAGCUGUCAUCAAGGCAAAGGGUGGCUACUUGAAGAAUCUCAAAUAUAUUUUGAUUUGUUUAACACUUUUUUGUUUAGUACAUGAUUACAUAUGUUAUUUCAUAGUUUUGAUGUCUUCACUAUUAUUCAACAAUGUAAAUAAUAGUAAAAAUAAAGAAAAACCCUUCAAUGAGUAGGUGUGUCCAAACUUUUGACUGGUAGUGUACAUUUGUUCAUUUGGGCAGAAUAUUGUAUAAAAUAUUUAGAUGGUUAAAAGCCAACAUUUGGUUGUUUUUGUUAAAAAACACUCUCUGUAACAUGACUAGCUACCCUACAGUGCCUUUGGAAAGUAUUCAGACCACUCUACUUUUUCCACAUUGUUACGUUGCAGCCUUAUUCUAAAAUUGAUUAAAUUGUUUUUUUCACAUCACUACACACAAUACCCCAUACUGACAAAGCGAAACUGGUUUUUAGAAAUGUUUGCUAAUUUAUAGAAAAUUAUACUAAAAUAUGACAUUUACAGAAGUAUUCAGACCCUUUACUCAGUACUUUGUUGAAGCACCGUUGGCAGUGAUUACAGCCUCAAGUCUUCUUGAGUAUGAUGCUACAAGCUUGGCACACCUGUAUUUGGAGUUUCUUCCAUUCUUCUCUGCAGAUCCUCUCAAGCUCUGUGAGGUGGAGAGGGUUGCUGCACAGCUAUUUUCAGGUCCCUCCAGAGAUGUUGGAUCGAGUUCAAGUUCGGGCUCUGGCAGGGCCACUCAAGGACAUUGAGACUUGUCCUGAAGCCUCUCCUGCGUUGUCUUGGCUGUGUGUUUAGGGUCGUCAUCCUGUUGGAAGGUGAACCUUCGCCCCAGUCGGAGAUCCUGAGCGCUCUGGAGCAGGUUUUCAUCAAGGAUCUCUCUGUACUUUGCUCCGUUCAUCUUUACCUCGGUCCUGACUAGUCUCCCAGUCCCUGCUGCUGAAAAACAACCCCACAGCAUGAUGCUGCCACGACCAUUCUUCACCGUAGGGAUGGUGCCAGGUUUCCUCCAGGUGUGACGCUUGGCGUUCAGUCCAAUGUGUUCGAUCUUGGUUUAUCAGACCAGAGAAUCUUGUUUCUCAGGGUCUGAGAGUCUUUACGUGCCUUUUGGCAAACUCCAAGCGUGCUGUCAUGUUGCUUCCGUCUGGCCACUCUACCAUAAAGGCCUGGUUGGUGGAGUGCUGCAGAGAUAGUUGUCCUUCUGGUUCUCCCAUCUCCACAGAGGAGCUCUGUCAGAGUGACCAUCAGGUUCUUGGUCACCUCCCUGACCAAAGCCCUUCUCUUCAGUUUGGCCGGGCGGCCAGCUCUAGGAAGAGUCUUGGUGGUUUCAAACUUCUUCCAUUUAAGAAUGAUGGCCACUGUGUUCUUGGACCUUUAUUGCUGUAGACAUGUUUUGGUAUCCUUCCCCAGAUUUAUGCCUAGACACACUAUUGUCUUGGAGCUCUACGGACAAUACCUUCAAACCCAUGGCUAGGUUUUUGCUCUGACGUGCACAGCCAACUGUGGGACCUGUAUUGUGUGUGUGUGGAUUGCUGAGGGAAUUAUUUAAAAAAAAAAAUCUAUUUAGAAUAAGGCUGUAAUUUAACAAAAUGUGGACAAAGUCAAGGGGUCUGAAUACUUUCCGAAGGCACUGUAUGGAAAUGGAAACAUUGAUUUUGUGUGCGUAGAACAGCUGGCUGGGGAAGUCCUUUAAACCUGCUUAUAGGCCUACUAUAUCUAGGCUGAUAUCUAGUUUCUACAAUGUUUACAGAAUAAAAGAAUAAAUCAAACUGGGUUGGGCAAUCUAAUCUGUAAACAUACUAAUAACAAAUAACCCUAGGCUACAUGACAAAGUUCAAUAAAAAAACAAAGAAAUCGAAAGAAGUUCAUUCAACUUUUUGUUAACACUUUUUAUUUCAAAUUGCUCUACAAUCUAAUUAUCAAUAUAAUAAAACUAGGCCUACAAUAAUAAUAUUUCCUUGAAACGUAGGCUCAAACCAUAUAGGUCUAGAUGUUGAUUUGCAAGGCGCUGUGCAGAUCCAUUCAUUUUCAUUGUUUACUAUAGUAGAUAUUUUGUACAGCGGCUUGCUCGGGCCAAAUCCCUUGAGGGCCUUAAACAUGCUGUUUGUCAGCAACAUACUGAAUAUCUCUCUAUAGAUUGGAGGAGCAUUAUUAGGCUACUAGUGAUCGGAACCAAUAUGGAAAGUCUGUAUCAAUUGGCUGACCUGCACAGGUAGGAAAGUGUCCAGACUGUGCUGAUUGAACAGUUUAGCUACAUGUGAAUGUUCUGGAAGCUUAAUUCUAAUCAAUCAUCUGAAAACGAUAAGAAGCCCAUUGAAACCUGAGGGGCCAUCAGCGGGACACACUUCUGAUGGUGCGAUAAACGGCUGCUGGAUGUUUUCAUAUGUUUCCGUGCGUCGGAUUGGACACUUAGCCCACUGUGCGCAAUUGUGUAGGCUAUUGCACAACACCCAACGGGGGGGUGGGGGGGGGUGUACGCAGCGUAUGGUCAUGGUAAAAUCUGUUGUGUCAAAUUAGGCAAUUCCUUUGUCAUUGUCAUAAGCAUAAACACCUUCACCCAAGGUUAGAUUUAAAUAUCGUCCUUUACCUUAUCGCUAACGUUACCAUUCACAGUUAAAAUCCCCCAUUGUCAGUCAGUCUCUAUUACCUGAAUGACACCUGUAAUAAUGGAAUUACUUAUUUCCUCCUACAGAUGAUGACUGGCAGGAGGAGCACAAGCGGCUCGCCGAGCUCGAAGAACGAAAGAACGACGGACUCGGAGGUUUAGGACUAGGGGGACUAGGGAUGGGGGGAAUGGGAGGAGGAGGAGGAGACGCUUCCACCGUUCACCUCCCUCCUCCCGCCAGUCGCAUCCCCCACCCGUCGUCCCUCCCCCCACCCCAUCACGCCCUCUCUUCGAUUCCCCCUCCGGGCCUGGAGGAGAGGGGGGGAGGCGACCUAGCCGAGUCCCUAGCCAUGUUGAUCUUAGGGGCGGACCCGGCCAUCGCCAGCGUGGGUGGUCCAGCCGGGCCUGGUGACCGGUCCAGUGGUCUCCCUGCUCCCCCCUCCAUGCCGCAGCAGCAGCACCACCAACACCACCACCCCUCCCAGCUCCCUCCCCACCACCAGCUGACCCCGUCUGGGCUGCCCCCUGGCCCACCGCACCCCUCCCUGCUUAGCUACCAGCAGCAUCAGCACCUCAUACGCCGAGGGGCGGCCCCCAUGCAACAGGUGAGACAGUCUAGUAUAUUAUACUGUAGUAAUCAUUGUAUCUUGUGCAGUGGUUCUCAAACCUCUCCUGUGGACCCCCAGCCGUUCCAUGUGUUUGAUCUAUGCCAGAGUUAGGUACACCUGAUUCAACUUGUCAACUAAAUAUCAAGCUCUUGACUAGGUGAAUAAGGUGAGCUGGUUCAGGGCUACACCAACAUUUUGAAACGUCUGGGGGUCCCCAAGGAGAGGUUUGACAACAACUGCUCUAGUAUACUGUAGAUCUGUAUGCUACAGAACUACGUUAUAGGGUUUGGAGAAGGAACUAUCAGCUCGUUCAAUGAGGGACAAAUAUUAUGCAUCACUAGUGGAGCGGCGCCUUCUGACACGCUUUCUCUGCCUCUCUCUUUCAGAUGAACUCACACAAUAUCUGGGAGAACAACAUGGGAUUUGGGCCUGUGAGCGUCACCCCUGGACUAAUCACUCAAAUGGAGGUAAGACACCUGCCGGUUUUGAAACAGGCUGUAACAGGGAUGUACUUCCUGAAUUUGUCAAAUAAGAACACUGCUUUUCGGUUGCAAACGGUUUAGCUACGUUGUGCCUUGCUGAGCGUGGCCCUGUACUUUACAUGGAAAAAACAACAUAGCUGGCACAUUUGCCCUCUGAAUGACUUACCAGAUCUUGUUUAAAGCAAUUGAAUGAAUUAUUAUUCUCUUUCUUCCCCGUCUUUCCAGGACAGUCCACUUAUGUCCAUCAUCAAAGAGGUGGGUCUGCCCAAUCGGCCUCCGCCAAUGAUGAGCGAGGAUGGGCGGGACUUGUCGGAAAGGGCCCCCCCGCCUCGCUCGUCCUCUCCCGUGAUUGGUAGCCCACCAGUGAGGGCGGUGCCUAUCGGGACUCCGCCCAAGCAGCCGAUGAGUCAUGCUAUGAAUCAUCAGCAGCAGGUCAGUGGGAGAAUUCUGCCCUUUCUCUCCUUUCUCCCUCUUUUUAGUCAUUCCAUUAGGGAUCAUUAUGGACUGUUCAUCUUCUCUCUGUAUGCAAAAUACUCCUACUUGUAUUAAAAAUAGUUCUUUGUGUAGUUUUGGCUAUUUCUUGUAAUCUGUGUAUGCCCUUCUCUGUGUGGUUUUGUAUAACAUGGCUUUAUUCUGCAGAAGUAACAACUGUUUAUAGUUAUUACACCAGUGGUCUCAAACUUCCAGUUCAUGGGCCACAUCUGGCCCCCGAGUCACACUAUGGUGGCCCGCGGGCCUGGAGUUUGAGACCACUGUAUUAGACAAUUAAUAAGUGCUUGCUGUUAUCCUCCUGUUUCUGCCUCUACUCUCUUCCUAUCUGUUGCAAAGCCGGAGUUAACCCUCUCUCUGUGUACAGUUAUAGGCUAAUUAGUUGCAUUGAAACCUUCUCCCUCUCUCUCCUGUGUGUGUGUUGCAGAUCCACCACCCCACUGCCGUUCAUGUGCGAGCCCCGGUCCACCACCAACACCGCUACCCCCCUUCCUUCCCCGAGCGCAUCUCCCCCAACACCCUCCUAAACAUUGCCGUGAGUCUCCCUGCCUCCCUCUCUACUUUGACUACCUCUCCGUUCUUCCCUUACUUUAUUAGGUAGGGCAUGUGAAGUUGAGGAAUCUAAAGUUUUAUUUUGGCGGUCUGAACAGAUGUGGUGUUUUUCACCAAUUGUCAACUGAGUGUUGACUUUUCAUGGUCACUUACUUCCGUGAGGGUAAAACAAAUAUUAAAAAUAAAAAAAAACAAAUAAAUAUUAUUCCAUAGCAGCUAGCUUGGUUUUGGCUCAAUAGCUUGGCUCAUGGAUGGACUCUCUCUAGCUCACUGCAGAUGCACGUUCCAGGUCAGUGUUGGUUCUGUAGGGUUCUGAGUUGGUUCUCUCUCUGUCUGUUAGAACUCUCCUCUGUGUCGUCCUCCGUUCCCGGCUGGAGUGGGUCCCGUUCUGUCCCAGAUCCAACGCGCCCAGAUGCUCAACUCUCAGGUGAGACUCAACCAGUGGUGACCCGUCAUUAAGGGCAGGUGGGGCAGAGCCUGUUUAGCAUGUUAUUUUGGCAUUCAAUUAGUACAUGUCACAUAUCAGUUUGCAAACAAUGUAAAAAAAAAGAUAUAUAUAUAUAAUUGAGUUAAUAAAGCCACAUACAAACAUGGUCUCUUUUUUGCUUUCUUGAGUAAGGCAGCUCCAAAAUGCAGUGCUUUCUGUGGUGGUGGGGCAGCCAGCGGAAAAUAAGGCGCGUAGGGUUUGGUAAUGUUCUCUAGUUGCACUAUGAUUGGCUCAGUGUUCUGUCUCUGAUGGGGACACUACGUCACCGCAAAAUCUACGGGGAGAGCUCGAAAAUUCAAGCCCCUUGGGUGCUGCUAUAGAGCUACGUUAGAAGUGCCCAUCCAAGAAGGCUCAAAGUCAUUGGCCACAGAUAAAAUGACGUCAAAUCACGUUAUAUCUACAGUAGCUUUGGUUGGACUGAUCAUGUCAACAUCAUACUUUCACAAUCUUAGCUAGCAGUCAUCAUCAUGAAUUAAGUCGACAAUCUACUGGCAAAUCCUUUUCAAUCCUUGUCAUAUGAAGAGAAAUUAUAAAUAAAACGUAUCGGUGCUCAUCGGCCAUUGGACAUAAACAUUCCACAACAAGUUGGAAAUCGCAAAUUCAACAAUUAAUGGUUUGGAAGGAAUCAGUGGCUAACUGCAAGCAUUGCAAAGCAAUCACUAGCCUGCUAUUCAGUGGAGUGGAUGUGUGGUCCAAGUCUGUGUUAAAGGCUCUCUUUUCCAAGCUUAAAAGGAUAUACAUACAACAUUGGCCAUGCUGUCAAUCCAGCAUGACCUCUGCCGCUUUCAAAACAACUGGAAAUUCGUACCUGGGGAAAUCUCAGACUUCAUUGAGUUCAAGACAACUGGGAACUUGGGGGGGAAAAACGAGCUCCAACUGGGAAAAUAUGUUUUGAACAGUGAUCCAACUCGGAAUUUCAAGUCAGGAACUCUGGCCUCUUUCUAGAGCUCCGACCUGAAGAUCAACCCUGUUUUUUUCCAAGUUCCCAGUUGUCUUGAAAGCACCAUAAAUCCAGAGAAUGCCGGACUUUGAUGACCAAGUUUGAUGACAAAAUUUGUCCACGAAGCACCUUCCUGUUCAAGUGAGCACAGCACAACAAGGUGAGUCCAAAAAUGUAUUGUAUGUUACUGCAUAAAUUAUCUAAAAUGCCAGGAAGAUAUCUAUACUGUAGCUAACAUUUACAUUUACGUCAUUUAGCAGACGCUCUUAUCCAGAGCGACUAACAUGAGCAAUUGGGGUUAAGUGCCUUGCUUAAGGGCACAUCGACAGAUUUUUCACCUAGUCGGCUCGGGGAUUAGAACCAGUGACCUUUCGGUUACUGGCACAACGCUCUUAACCACUAAGCUAAGAAAGUAAAACUAAGUGUAUGUUGUGUAGUAAGCUUUUAGUAGCCCAUGUGACUCACCCUAAUAAUUUGGUCCCUUUUCCCAUAUUAUUUAGCCUAUUGUUCUGACUUGGUGUUGCACAUGUAGCCUAUAGCGUGUUUUAGAGAAAUGUCAUCAUCGAAUAUUGUAAGAGCUUUCAUUGUCUGCUUAUAUGGCCCCUUUAUUUAUCCUACGGUUCUGACUUGGUGUACAGAGAGAAUACUGUAAGAAUGGCCCGUGUUCUGAAUUCUGUCGCUGUACAUUUCAAAAGUGCUGAACAAAUAGUUAUAUUGACUACGUCCAUCCUAGCUCGCUCAUUAAUGUCUUAAUCGAAAUUAUGGAUUGCCUCUUAUCCGCUCGGCGGCCCCUUAUGCCAUAGUUUGUACAUUUCAAUUGUCAGUAGAAACCACAUUUGUUUAAGCAAGUCAGCCAUAUGAGCAAUGUUUAAUUUUUUUUAAGGCAGUAAAUGAGGCUGAAUGAACUGUUUCGCUGCCAUACAAGGCUCCGCUGAUAGCCAGGUGCAACAGUGGUAAGGUGUUGGGACAGCUUUACGUAGGCCCUAACAGUUUGUUGGCACCGUUUGUCACAGUCAUAGUCCAAUUAAUGUAUUGUUUAGUGUUGUGUAGUGGCUUUGCUGGCAUGCAUAACAUUUUGGGGGGAGGAGUUUGCCCCACCAAGAUUUACAUGCUAAAAUCGCCACUGGACUCAACACCUGGACUAAACACUCACCUGUGUUCUCAUCUGUACACCUGAAUGCACUCACCUUGAGCCGUCUCACUCACAAAUUAGGCCACCUGGGGUGUAUUAAUUCAUAAGUGCACACCGUAGAAAAAAGUGUUGCAACGGAAAUUAGCGUUUCUAUAAUAAGGUAAUUUAGUCCCUCCCUGUUUCAGACCUUUUGCUUCCGUUUGGUGCGUAGGGAAUACACCCCAUGCAUACUCCCUAUGAACAAAAAUUAUUCACAUGUACAACAUAUCAAUGAACUUCUAUACAUACCGGUAUGUGAAACGGGUGUUUGCAUAAACACAUGAGGGAAAAAUGUAUUGUCUGAAGAGAGAGCCUUGAAUUGUACACAGCAUCUUGGUUCGUGCAGGUGACUGUGACCGCCUCCUCAAACCAAUUGGCAGUACGCCCAUAACAUUGCUCCGCGAAUAAAAAGGAGUAUCUCAGUUUCAAGGUCCCAGCUUUGAGAGAAGAAGCCUCAUCAGUCACAUGCAGGAACCAACGUGAAUAAUGAAUAAUGUAAAUCAUGCUUAUAUGACUUGUUUGUUUAGAAGUAUAUAAGGUCUGAAAGGGAACAUUUUGUUAACCUCUCCGGCCGUGAUAAUAAAGAUUGAUUCAUUUACAUUGAGUCUGAGUCCUUAGUGGUGAAUUUCCACGAAACACAUUCAAUGCCAGCCUCACUUCCUUUCCUCUAAAAUAUCUAUAUAUUUUUUCUUUCCUUCUUUCUCUUUCCCCCUCUCUCAGGUUGCUGGCUUCCCCAGGGGCUGCCAGGGUCCCCCGUUGCUGCCUGGCGGCGGAGGCUUCAGGCCCUUCUUCGGCCAGCCCCCUCCCCACAGGAUGGGUCCCCACCCCGGCGGGCCCCCUCCCAACCACAACCACGUCCCCUGUCCCAUCAUCCGGCACAACACCACACACCUGCACCCCCAGCACCGCCGCAUGCUUACCCAGAGGAUGCAGAGUAGAGGAGGGUAUGUAGACUGAAGUGUGUGUGUUUAAAUAGUUUGAGUUGUCCCAGCAUCCGCAUGUCUCCUCCAUAUCCAUCCACAGUGCUGUUGCCAUAAACUGCCUUACGGAUUUCCUUGAAUUGCUAAUGCAUUACGUUCAGCUGACCUGCAUCUGAAGCAGCUGUGGAACCUCUUUCUCACUUUGCCUCCCCUAUCUUCUCUCUCCCCAGUGAGCGUGGCGGGCGUGUGGGGGACUGGCGGAGCAGGGACCCCUACAGUAACUUGAUGACCCAGAGGGAGAAGGAGUGGGUGGCCAAGAUCCAGAUGAUGCAGCUGCAGAGCACUGAUCCCUACCUGGAUGACUACUACUACCAGGUCAGUACAGACAAGUCAAUGGAAAAAGUCACAGCCAUGUUCAUUAGGUACCAAAUGGAACAAAAUGGACUGAAACAGGGAGCGAGUACCUGGUCCAAUAAGAAACGCCUGUUUUCAUUUUCUGGUGCAAAAUGUUUUUUUCCUUCUGUGUGCCUUAAUGAACAUGACCCCGGGUUGUAUUCACUAGGCACCCAACGGAAGAAAAUGGAUUGAAACGGGGAAUGACUACCUGGACUUGGUCCAAUUAAUGCUUGUUGUCAUUUUCCGCUGCAAAAAUGUUUUGCUACGGUGUUCGCAAAUGAACUUGACACAGGUCAGUGCAGGGUUGUGUUCAGGAGGGCGUGACGUUCUGAACAAGGCAGAUAGAAAUGUCAGUUAUAAACCUGACGCAACCUCUUGCAGAGAUGCAUGUCCACUCUACACAAUCUGUUUCUAUCUGAUCGUUCCAUCUUCUGUCCUACUUAACAACCUAGAAUGGGGUUAAAUAGAAAUGUAAUUUAUAGAGCUGACACAAGUCCUUACAUUGACAGAAACGCAUGUUGGUUCUACAUAUUGUAUUUAUAUCUGAUCGUUACCAGCCUAGAUGGACCAUUCUAGAAUGGGAGAAGGAGGGAGCAUGUCAUAAACAAGAUCAGGAUGUACUCCAGAGAACAACUGUUCCAAUCCUGUCAUUCAGAUUCUUUAUUAGUUCCACAUGGCUGUCUACCUCAGUCUAAUCCCUGUUCACCUCCUUCUAGGGACCAAUAGGUCUCGCUGGCCUUUGUGGUCAGAUUUCCACAUUUUAAUUGAGUGUUAAUAAAGUUUUAGUAUGGAUUAUCCUUAUACAUUUUUAUUGGCUUUCUAUGAUUAGGUCACUUUUUUUUUAGUAGUUGUCCCUGUUUAUGUUGCAUUAAAUGUUUAAAUAAAUGGAUGCUUAUUUUGUGUUGCCCGGCAGAAUUACUUUGAGAAGAUGGAGAAGAGGCAGGAGAGAGACAGAGACGGCGUGAGGAAGGAGCACACCACCAAACUCAUCACCCCCCAGGUGGCCAAGCUGGAACACAUCUACAGACCAGGUAACACACUGUCACAUUAAUGAUUAUUACAAAACUAGGAUGAUUAUGAUACAUAAUCAGUUAUGAAAUCCAUACCUGAGUUCAAAUAUGAUUUGUUCCCUGGUGUGCCACAUGGUCAGGGUUUGCACUUUUGGGACUAUUGCAUUGGUUCCUUUGCACCAGGCAAGCUCAAUCAAGUAUUAGAAAGAAAACAAUGCUAUUUUAACCCAGGUCUGAUUUUAAAUGAAUAAUCAUCACAUCACCUUUGUGUGUUUUUGAGGAUGUAUCUGUAACAUACGUGUGUAUCGUUUUACCCCCACAGUGCAGUUUGCAGGCUCGCUGGGUAAGCUGACUGUGUCCAGCGUCAACAACCCCAGGAAGAUGAUCGACACGGUGGUGACCAGUCGCACUGAUGACGAGGUACUUGCUACACACACACCACAAUCUCUCAAAACUCCUGUGUCUCAUGAGUUCUGCCAUUCUAUCUCCUGUUUUGUCUCUGACGUAUGUUCCCUGUUCCUUAUCACGCUUUGUAUUCUUGUUAUAUUGUUUUGUCUCGCUACUCCAGAUGUUACUGUCAGUUGUUUUGGUCUAUCCUUCCUGUAUUGAUAUGGUGACAGGACAACAUGAGUUAUUUUCAGGAAUUUAUCUACUGAAAUAAAACCGUUAUUAUGGGUACUAUAGUACAGUGGUUCCCAACCUUUUUUGGGUACUGUACCCCUAAAACACUUUGACCUGACUGAAGUACCCCCUCAUGCGUGUGCGACCGGCGUGAUUCCUAGAUUAAGUGUAAAUUUGACUAAAUUAGGUUUAAUAUCAAUAUUAUUUGUCUGUCAUUUAACUGUGAAUGAUAAUGUAUUACUAUAAUAUUACUAAUGUACUCCUAACAUCAGUUUAAUCUUUUUUAUAGGAUUUCUUCAUACAAAUUAUACAAACAAAGAUCACAUUUUAUACACUUACUCCCAAUACAUGUAACCCAUAUUUAUAGACUUGUGUAUGGCACGAGGACUCUCCAAUCAAUGAGAAACUUUACUCUGUCUCUCACUUAUUAGCUUUGUCAGUCUUGGAGGCUGUGUGGCAACAGCAGUGAUCAGGCUUUUCUCCAAGUCGAGUAUGUUCUUGUGCAGGGUCUUGAUUAGGGUCAUGGAUGUAGAUUAAAACGGCAGCAGUUCAUUUGGUGUAUGUUUCCCCAAAUCAGGAUAUUCCUUCUCCACAUCACACCAGAACUGUGACACUCUUUUCUCUGAGUACCUCCUCUUCAGGCCACGAUCUGAGGACACAUACAGAAUAUUUUUUUGCAGUCUGGUAGGACUGUUGUUGGUACUGUCAAUCAUGAAAGGAUUACUCACCCAGUCAAGUUUAGCAGACUUUUUUUCAAUGUAAGGGAGUUGAACUCACUUAGUUUGGAUAAAUGUGAGCUUACUAUUUGCACCAUAGGAGCUCUAUCAAUAUCACCUGUAGAAAGGUAGGUGUCAAGCUGCUGGAAACAACUUAUAUCCCCAUCUUCACCUUUACUCUCCCAGAGUUUGAUCUUCUUUAUGAAUCCACACACUUUGUCAUACAUGUUUAGCAUGUGUGUGUCUUUGCCUUGCAGUGUUAGAUUCAGGUUGUUCAGUUUGCUGAACACAUCAGCAAAGCGGGCUACCCAGUCUGUGCCCUCGAACACGGGCACAAGGGAGUGCGAGUGCUCAGACAAAUCACUUACUUUGGCCCCGCAGCUCAAAAAGCCUCUGUAGCGUUUUCCCUCUGGAUAGCCAAUGGAUGUUGGUGCUCAGUCCCACUGUCAUCACAGAGCCUUUCAAACAGUCGGUGAUUCGGAGGACUGGACUGGAUAAAGUUAAUCACUUUCACUGCCUUUUUAAAAACUAUUAACAUAAUGUAACUCAAGACUCAUUCUCUUGCUGGCCAAUGCCUCCCUGUGAAUGAUAGUGAUUCCAUUCAAUGUCUGGGUUUACUUUCUUUGUGGGCAAUUAAUACUUCCACUCUCCCAGUCAUUGAUGCCGGACCAUCCAUGAACACAGGAUUUCCAAUCCAAAUUGUGUCCUGAGAAAAAGCUGUCAAUAACGUGAAACACUUCAUCACCUAUAGUUCUCCCCGUUAGCUUCUCACAGAACAGAAGGUGCUCAUUAAUUUCCGAAAUGUCUCUGUAUCGUACAAACGCAAUCAACUGGGCUUCCCCACUGACAUCCGUCCAUUCGUCCAACUGCAGCUCAAAUAACUGGAAUUUAACUUUCCCACCACUUGAUCAACAAUAUCAAUGCCCAUGUCAUCGAUUUUACAGCAUACCGUGUUAUCUGACAAUGGUACAGUCUUCAGUGCAUCAGCUGCUGUCUUAUCAAUCAUAGUUUCAGUGAGGAUAACAGCAGCAGGUAGAAUUAACUCCUCAGAUAUAAUGAAUGGCUUUUUUGACUUUGCCACAAGUAGCGAAAUAGCAUAUGAAGCCUCUCCAAUGCUUUGGUUGACACUAGUUGUUUCUUUAAUUUAUCUUGACUUCCCUUAAAUUCUGACCGCUUUCUAUGGAAACAGGAGGUGAAACUGAAGAUACUAUUCAUGAAAUUGACGUUACUUUGACUUGAGCUAGUGCUGCUACUGCUGCUUGAAACUGUGCGUUUCAGCCAUUGAUCCAUAGCUAGUUUCUACUCAAAGCUAUCUGUUAGCUGAAAUGGUGAGCCACUAGUGUGGAGCAGAGGAUCACGUGCACUUGGCGUGAGCAGAGGAUCAACAGGAGGCUAGAGGCCAGGGAGACCGAGCAAUGCGCACUGAAAUGAAAGUAAAAAAGAGUAGGAUUAUAGAUAUAAAAUAAACUAGAGAUUUCACACCAGUGACCUCAGUAAAUGUUUUCCUGUCUAUUAAGAUUGAAUUAACUUGAACAUAAAAAUGUGUAUGUAUGUGUGUGUAUAUACAUACAUACAUACAUACAUACAUACAUACAUACAUACAUACAUACAUACAUACAUACAUACAUACAUACAUACAUACAGUGAGGGGAAAAAUGUAUUUGAUCCCCUGCUGAUUUUGUACGUUUGCCCACUGACAAAGACAUGAUCAGUCUAUAAUUUUGAUGGUAGGUUUAUUUGAACAGUGAGAGACAGAAUAACAACAAAAAAUCCAGAAAAACGCAUGUGAAAAAUUUUAUAAAUUGAUUUGCAUUUUAAUGAGGGAAAUAAGUAUUUGACCCCUCUGCAAAACAUGACAGUACUUGGUGGCAGAACCCUUUUUGGCAAUCACAAAGGUCAGACGUUUCUUGUAGUUGGCCACCAGGUUUGCACACAUCUCAGGAGGGAUUUUGUUCCACUCCUCUUUGCAGAUCUUCUCCAAGUCAUUAAGGUUUCGAGGCUGACGUUUGGCAACUCGAACCUUCAGCUCCCUCCACAGAUUUUCUAUGGGAUUAAGGUCUGGAGACUGGCUAGGCCACUCCAGGACCUUAAUGUGCUUCUUCUUGAGACACUCCUUUGUUGCCUUGACUGUGUGUUUUGGGUCAUUGUCAUGCUGGAAUACCCAUCCACGACCCAUUUUCAAUGCCCUGGCUGAGGGAAGGAGGUUCUCACCCAAGAUUUGAUGGUACAUGGCCCCGUCCAUCGUCCCUUUGAUGCGGUGAAGUUGACCUGUCUCCUUAGCAGAAAAACACCCCCAAAGCAUAAUGUUUCCACCUCCAUGUUUGACGGUGGGGAAGGUGUUCUUGGGGUCAUAGGCAGCAUUCCUCCUCCUCCAAACACGGCGAGUUGAGUUGAUGCCAAAGAGCUCGAUUUUGGUCUCAUCUGACCACAACACUUUCACCCAGUUCUCCUCUGAAUCAUUCAGAUGUUCAUUGGCAAACUUCAGACGGGCCUGUAUAUGUGCUUUCUUGAGCAGGGGGACCUUGCUGGCGCUGCAGGAUUUCAGUCCUUCACAGCGUAGUGUGUUACCAAUUGUUUUCUUGGUGACUAUGGUCCCAGCUGCCUUGAGAUCAUUGACAAGAUCCUCCCGUGUAGUUCUGGGCUGAUUCCUCACCGUUCUCAUGAUCAUUGCAACUCCACGAGGUGAGAUCUUGCAUGUUGCCCCAGGCCAAGGGAGAUUGACAGUUAUUUUGUGUUUCUUCCAUUUGCGAAUAAUCGCACCAUUUGCGAAUAAUCACCUUCUCACCAAGCUGCUUGGCGACGGUCUUGUAGCCCAUUCCAGCCUUGUGUAUGUCUAUAUAAUCUUGUCCCUGACAUCCUUGGAGAGCUCUUUGGUCUUGGCCAUGGUGGAGAGUUUGGAAUGUGAUUGAUUGAUUGCUUCUGUGGACAGGUGUCUUUUAUACAGGUAACAAGCUGAGAUUAGGAGCACUCCCUUUGAGUGUGCUCCUAAUCUCAGCUCGUUACCUGUAUAAAAGACACCUGGGAGCCAGAAAUCUUUCUGAUUGAGAGGGGGUCAAAUACUUAUUUCCCUCAUUAAAAUGCAAAUCAAUUUAUAACAUUUUUGACAUUAAUUUUUCUGGAUUUUUUGUUGUUAUUCUGUCUCUCACUGUUCAAAUAAACCUACCAUUAAAAUUAUAGACUGAUCAUUUCUUUGUCAGUGGGCAAACGUACAAAAUCAGCAGGGGAUCAAAUACUUUUUUCCCUCACUGUAUGUGUGUGUGUGUGUGUAUAUAUAUAUAUAUAAUAAUAUAUAGGGGAAAAAAAAGUAUUUAGUCAGCCACCAAUUGUGCAAGUUCUCCCACUUAAAAGAUGAGAGAGGCCAGUAAUUUACAUCAUAGGUACACGUCAACUAUGACAGACAAAUUGAGGGAAAAAAAUCCAGAAAAUCACAUUGUAGGAUUUUUUAUGAAUUUAUUUGCAAAUUAUGGUGGAAAAUAACUAUUUGGUCACCUACAAACAAGCAAGAUUUCUGGCUCUCACAGACCUGUAACUUCUUCUUUAAGAGGCUCCUCUGUCCUCCACUCGUUACCUGUAUUAAUGGCACCUGUUUGAACUUGUUAUCAGUAUAAAAUACACCUGUCCACAACCUCAAACAGUCACACUCCAAACUCCACUAUGGCCAAGACCAAAGAGCUGUCAAAGGACACCAGAAACAAAAUUGUAGACCUGCACCAGGCUGGGAAGACUGAAUCUGCAAUAGGUAAGCAGCUUGGUUUGAAGAAAUCAACUGUGGGAGCAAUUAUUAGGAAAUGGAAGACAUACAAGACCACUGAUAUCUCCCUCGAUCUGGGGCUCCACGCAAGAUCUCACCCCGUGGGGUCAAAAUGAUCACAAGAACGGUGAGCAAAAAUCCAGAACCACACGGGGGGACCUAGUGAAUGACCUGCAGAGAGCUGGGACCAAAGUAACAAAGCCUACCAUCAGUAACACACUACGCCGCCAGGGACUCAAAUCCUGCAGUGAAAGACGUGUCCCCGUCUUAAGCCAGUACAUGUCCAGGCCCAUCUGAAGUUUGAUAGAGUGCAUUUGGAUGAUCCAGAAGAGGAUUGGGAGAAUGUCAUAUGGUCAGAUGAAACCAAAAUAUUACUUUUGGGUAAAAACUCAACUCGUCGUGUUUGGAGGACAAAGAAUGCUGAGUUGCAUCCAAAGAACACCAUACCUACUGUGAAGCAUGGGGGUGGAAACAUCAUGCUUUGGGGCUGUUUUUCUGCAAAGGGACCAGGACGACUGAUCCGUGUAAAGGAAAGAAUGAAUGGGGCCAUGUAUCGUGAGAUUUUGAGUGAAAACCUCCUUCCAUCAGCAGGGCAUUGAAGAUGAAACGUGGCUGGGUCUUUCAGCAUGACAAUGAUCCCAAACACACUGCCCGGGCAACGAAGGAGUGGCUUCGUAAGAAGCAUUUCAAGGUCCUGGAGUGGCCUAGCCAGUCUCCAGAUCUCAACCCCAUAGAAAAUCUUUGGAGGGAGUUGAAAGUCUGUGUUGCCCAGCGACAGCCCCAAAACAUCACUGCUCUAGAGGAGAUCUGCAUGGAGGAAUGGGCCAAAAUACCAGCAACAGUGUGUGAAAACCUUGUGAAGACUUACAGAAAACGUUGACCUGUGUCAUUGCCAACAAAGGGUAAUAACAAAGUAUUGAGAAACUUUGUUAUUGACCAAAUACUUAUUUUCCACCAUAAUUUGCAAAUAAAUUCAUUAAAAAUCCUACAAUGUGAUUUUCUGGGAUUUUUUCCUCAUUUUGUCUGUCAUAGUUGACGUGUACAAUACAUACAUACAUACAUACAUACAUACAUACUCAGCAAAAAAAGAAACGUCCUCACUGUCAACUGUUUAUUUUCAGCAAAGUUAACAUGUGUAAAUAUUUGUAUGAACAUAAGAUUCAACAACUGAGACAUAAACUGAACAAGGUCCACAGACAUGUGACUAACAGAAAUUGAAUAAUGGGUCCCUGAACAAAGGGAGGGGUCAAAAUCUAAAGUAACAGACAGUAUCUGGUGUAGCCACCAGCUGCAUUAAGUACUGCAGUGCAUCUCCUCAUGGACUGCACCAGAUUUGCCAGUUCUUGCUGUGAGAUGUUACCCCACUCUUCCACCAAGGCACCUACAAGUUCCCGGACAUUUCUGGGGGGAAUGGCCAUAGCCUUCACCCUCCGAUCCAACAGGUCCCAGACAUGCUCAAUGGGAUUGAGAUCCAGGCUCUUCGCUGGCCAUGGUAGAACACUGACAUUCCUAUCUUGCAGGAAAUCACGCACAGAACGAGCAGUAUGGCUGGUGGCAUUGUCAUGCUGGAGGGUCAUGUCUGGAUGAGCCUGCAGGAAGGGUACCACAUGAGGGAGGAGGACGUCUUCCCUGAAAUGCACAGCGUUGAGAUUGCCUGCAAUGACAACAAGCUCAGUCCGAUGAUGCUGUGACACACCGCCCCAGACCAUGAUGGACCCUCCACCUCCAAAUCGAUCCCGCUCCAGAGUACAGGCCUCGGUGUAACGCUCAUUCCUUUGACGAUAAACGCGAAUCCGACCAUCACCCCUGGUGAGACAAAACCGCGACUCGUCAGUGAAGAGCACUUUUUGCCAGUCGUGUCUGGUCCAGCGACGGUGGGUUUGUGCCCAUAGGCAACGUUGUUGCUGGUGAUGUCUGGUGAGGACCUGCCUUACAACAGGCCUACAAGCCCUCAGUCCAGACUCUCUCAGCCUAUUGCGGACAGUCUGAGCACUGAUGGAGGGAUUGUGCGUUCCUGGUUGUUGUUGCCAUCCUGUACCUGUCCCGCAGGUGUGAUGUUCGGAUGUACCGAUCCUGUGCAGGUGUUGUUACACGUGGUCUGCCACUGCGAGGGCGAUCAGCUGUCCAUCCUGUCUCCCUGUAGCGCUGUCUUAGGCGUCUCACAGUACGGACAUUGCAAUUUAUUGCCCUGGCCACAUCUGCAGUCCUCAUGCCUCCUUGCAGCAUGCCUAAGGCACGUUCACGCAGAUGAGCAGGGACCCUGGGCAUCUUUCUUUUGGUGUUUUUCAGAGUCAGUAGAAAGGCCUCUUUAGUGUCCUAAGUUUUCAUAACUGUGACCUUAAUUGCCGACCGUCUGUAAGCUGUUAGUGUCUUAACGACCGUUCCACAGGUGCAUGUUCAUUAAUUGUUUAUGGUUCAUUGAACAAGCAUGGGAAACAGUGUUUAAACCCUUUACAAUGAAGAUCUGUGAAGUUAUUUGGAUUUUUACAAAUUAUCUUUGAAAGACAGGGUCCUGAAAAAGGGACGGCCCUUUUUUUGCUGAGUUUAUAUACACUGCUCAAAAAAAUAAAGGGAACACUUAAACAACACAAUGUAACUCCAAGUCAAUCACACUUCUGUGAAAUCAAACUGUCCACUUAGGAAGCCAACACUGAUUGACAUAAAUUUCACAUGCUGCUGUGCAAAUGGAAUAGACAACAGGUGGAAAUUAUAGGCAAUUAGCAAGACACCCCCAAUAAAGGACUGGUUUUGCAGGUGGUGACCACAGACCACUUCUCAGUUCCUAUGCUUCCUGGCUGAUGUUUUGGUCACUUUUGAAUGCUGGCAGUGCUUUUUUAUUUUAGUUUUUAUUUUAGUAAUUUAGCAGACGCUCUUAUCCAGAGUGACUUACAGGAGCAAUUAGGGUUAAGUGCCUUGCUCAAGGGCACAUCGACAGAUUUUUCACCUAGUCGGCUCGGGGAUUAGAACCAGCGACCUUUCGGUUACUGGCACAACGCUCUUAACCACUAAGCUACCUGCCGCCCACUCUAGUGGUAGCAUGAGACGGAGUGUACAACCCACACAAGUGGCUCAGGUAGUGCAGCUCAUCCAUGAUGGCACAUCAAUGCGAGCUGUGGCAAGAAGGUUUGCUGUGUCUGUCAGCGUAGUGUCCAGAGCAUGGAGGCGCUACCAGGAGACAGGCCAGUACAUCAGGAGACGUGGAGGAGGCCGUAGGAGGGCAACAACCCAGCAGCAGGACUGCUACCUCCGCCUUUGUGCAAGGAGGAGCAGGAGGAGCACUGCCAGAGCCCUGCAAAAUGACCUCCAGCAGGCCACAAAUGUGCAUGUGUCUGCUCAAACGGUCAGAAACAGACUCCAUGAGGGUGGUAUGAGGGCCCGACGUCCACAGGUGGGGGAUGUGCUUACAGCCCAACACCGUGCAGGACGUUUGGCAUUUGCCAGAGAACACCAAGAUUGGCAAAUUCGCCACUGGCGCCCUGUGCUCUUCACAGAUGAAAGCAGGUUCACACUGAGCACGUGACAGACGUGACAGAGUCUGGAGACGCCGUGGAGAACGUUCUGCUGCCUGCAACAUCCUCCAGCAUGACCGGUUUGGCGGUGGGUCAGUCGUGGGGUGGCAUUUCUUUGGGGGGCCGCACAGCCCUCCAUGUGCUCGCCAGAGGUAGCCUGACUGCCAUUAGGUACCGAGAUGAGAUCCUCAGACCCCUUGUGAGACCAUAUGCUGGUGUGGUUGGCCCUGGGUUCCUCCUAAUGCAAGACAAUGCUAGACCUCAUGUGGCUGGAGUGUGUCAGCAGUUCCUGCAAGAGGAAGGCAUUGAUUCUAUGGACUGGCCCGCCCGUUCCCCAGACCUGAAUCCAAUUGAGCACAUCUGGGACAUCAUGUCUCGCUCCAUCCACCAAUGCCACAUUGCACCACAGACUGUCCAGGAGUUGGUGGAUGCUUUAGUCCAGGUCUGGGAGGAGAUCCCUCAGGAGACCAUCCGCCACCUCAUCAGGAGCAUGCCCAGGCGUUGUAGGGAGGUCAUACAGGCACGUGGAGGCCACACACACUACUGAGCCUCAUUUUGACUUGUUUUAAGGACAUUACAUCAAAGUUGGAUCAGCCUGUAGUGUGGUUUUCAACUUAAAUUUUGAGGGUGACUCCAAAUCCAGACCUCCAUGGGUUGAUAAAUUUGAUUUCCAUUGAUAAUUUUUGUGUGAUUUUGUUGUCAGCACAUUCAACUAUGUAAAGAAGAUGAGAUUAUUUCAUUCAUUCAGAUCUAGGAUGUGUUAUUUUAGUGUUCCCUUUAUUUUUUGAGCAGUGUAUAUUUUUUGCACGUUUUUAAAAAAAAAAGUCCCACGUACCCCCUGUUGGGAAACACUGCGGUAGUACAUUAUUCUACACCUCUAACCGCUCCCUCUGUCCCACGCAGGAGAAGAGAGAGAAACAGGUGUGGAAUAAGAGACGGCAGAUCCUCUACACUGUGGAGAAGGUAAAGUGAAGGAAGGGGAGGUUUACUCGUUGUCUCUACAGCUCUGUGGUUGUAUUGUUUGUGUUGAUUAUAUGUUACCUUGAUUUGAACGUCCUCUGCCUGUUUUGAACUCUGCAGUGCUCUCACUCCAACAUUGAUUAUGUCUGUAUACACUCCAUUAUCUCUUUGUAACCAUCUUGUGUUAGUAACUGCUAGCUAGCUACACAAGAAGGUUCUAUGUGCCUAAAUGUUGGUGAUGCCUAUACAAUUAUUGGGAGCAUAUAUAGUGUGCAACUAUCUUUAUUAAUGUAUUAUAUAUAUAUAUAUACGGGGGGGGGGGGGGGGGGGGGGGGGGGGGGUAUUUAGUCAGCCACCAAUUGUGGAGGUUCUCCCACUUAAAAAGAUGAGAGGCCUGUAAUUUUCAUCAUAGGUACACGUCAACUAUGACAGACAAAUUGAGGGGGAAAAAUCCAGAAAAUCUCAUUGUAGGAUUUUUAAUGAAUUUAUUUGCAAAUUAUGGUGGAAAAUAAGUUUUUGGUCACCUACAAACAAGCAAGAUUUCUGGCUCUCACAGACCUGUAACUUCUUCUUUAAGAGGCUCCUCUGUCCUCCACUCGUUACCUGUAUUAAUGGCACCUGUUUGAACUUGUUAUCAGUAUAAAAGACACCUGUCCACAACCUCAAACAGUCACACUCCAAACUCCACUAUGGCCAAGACCAAAGAGCUGUCAAAGGACACCAGAAACAACAUUGUAGACCUGCACCAGGCUGGGAAGACUGAAUCUGCAAUAGGUAAGCAGCUUGGUUUGAAAAAAUCAACUGUGGGAGCAAUUAUUAGGAAAUGGAAGACAUACAAGACCACUGAUAAUCUCCCUCGAUCUGGGGCUCCACGCAAGAUCUCACCCCGUGGGGUCAAAAUGAUCACAAGAACAGUGAGCAAAAAUCCCAGAACCACACGGGGGGACCUAGUGAAUGACCAGCAGAGAGCUGGGACCAAAGUAACAAAGCCUACCAUCAGUAACACACUACGCCGCCAGGGACUCAAAUCCUGCAGUGCAAGAUGUGUCCCCCUGCUUAAGCCAGUACAUGUCCAGGCCCGUCUGAAGUUUGCUAGAGUGCAUUUGGAUGAUCCAGAAGAGGAUUGGGAGAAUGUCAUAUGGUCAGAUGAAACCAAAAUAGAACUUUUUGGUAAAAACUCAACUCGUCGUGUUUGGAGGACAAAGAAUGCUGAGUUGCAUCCAAAGAACACCAUACCUACUGUGAAGCAUGGGGGUGGAAACAUCAUGCUUUGGGGCUGUUUUUCUGCAAAGGGACCAGGACGACUGAUCCGUGUAAAGGAAAGAAUGAAUGGGGCCAUGUAUCGUGAGAUUUUGAGUGAAAACCUCCUUCCAUCAGCAAGGGCAUUGAAGAUGAAACGUGGCUGGGUCUUUCAGCAUGACAAUGAUCCCAAACACACCGCCCGGGCAACGAAGGAGUGGCUUCGUAAGAAGCAUUUCAAGGUCCUGGAGUGGCCUAGCCAGUCUCCAGAUCUCAACCCCAUAGAAAAUCUUUGGAGGGAGUUGAAAGUCCGUGUUGCCCAGCGACAGCCCCAAAACAUCACUGCUCUAGAGGAGAUCUGCAUGGAGGAAUGGGCCAAAAUACCAGCAACAGUGUGUGAAAACCUUGUGAAGACUUACAGAAAACGUUUGACCUGUGUCAUUGCCAACAAAGGGUAUAUAACAAAGUAUUGAGAAACUUUUGUUAUUGACCAAAUACUUAUUUUCCACCAUAAUUUGCAAAUAAAUUCAUUAAAAAUCCUACAAUGUGAUUUUCUGGAGAGAAAAAAAUCUCAUUUUGUCUGUCAUAGUUGACGUGUACCUAUGAUGAAAAUUACAGGCCUCUCAUCUUUUUAUGUGGGACAACUUGCACAAUUGGUGGCUGACUAAAUACUUUUUUCCCCCACUGUAUAUAUAUUUUACAUAUGUAACUAGUUACUGCUACCUACUCAUAAUAUUCUCUAUGAAGCUCCGCACUAUUAUUGAUGUUACCACGGAUCCCCCUAAAACACUCUUGUAGCACUCUUGAGAGCUUGGCACUCUGGGGACCCUAACACUAUCUCCCUCCCCCCUCUCUCUUUCGCCAUCAGAUGUACAGUCUGCUGCUGGAGGUGCAGGACUUUGAGAAGCGCUUCAUGCAGACGCCGGAGGAGCAAAGAGAGGCCCUGCUGGAGCGGCACAAAACCCACACCCUGCAGCUCUACAGCUCCCUCAAGGAGAAGGAGUGGGACGACAGGUGAGCAGGGUCCAACAUUCACUUUUUUUGUCACUGUCCCGGUCGGGCCAUUUGGCCAAAAACCUACUGGCUUGAACAGAAUUUCUACUGGCCCGGACAUGGGGUAGUUAAAAUGCAUUAAGGUCAUGCAGGGCCUAUAGGUUGGCAUGCUUUCUCACUAUAUGCAUCUUGUAAUAUUGUUAUUAUGGUGUGAAAAAGCUGUGUAAUAUAAUUUAGGCAAUGUAAAUCAUUACAUUGUAUUAGUUGCAAUAAUUGUUGUUUCUAAAGUCAUUUUGAGAUUAUUAUUUUUUUUACAUCUCAAAAUAGGACGCUGCCCUUUUAAGACUAUUGAGUUCCAGAAAAUAGAUAUUGAUCUGGCUCCAGUAGGCUAGUCAAGAUGAAUGCUAGGCGUCUUUUUGUAGCUUUCUUUUAGCAGUCUAUCAACAGUAGCCAGCAGUAGGUUCACUAUUGAAGGUUUACUUUUGCAUAUCACUUCCCUUAAAAUAAAUACGCGUAUUUUUGCUCUGGUCAGCUUGCGUGUGCUGUGUGAAGGUAUCAACUCAUAUUCUGCUUGAGCGGUUGUGACUUGCGGGAGUGUGGUGGUCCUUGAAUGAACGGCCAAUUAUUUUGCGUGUAGUUUUCAAUGGUAGACUGCGACAGAGCAGGUAAAUGUUGAACUGGAACGCAAAAAUGCGCUGAGAAGUUACUGGCCCAACGUGCCAGUGACUGACGAGAUCCACUGGCCCGACACAUUUUUACUGGCCCCGGGGCAGCGGGCCAUCGUUAACGUCGUAGCCUGGGUGAGGAAGGAGAUGGAGGGAGGGAGAGGAGGGGAACGUGGGUCCCUGAAUUCUAAAUCGACCCCUAGUUCCUCCUCCCUAGACACUUGUGUAGAUCUGAAGGGUUAUGAUAGGUGUAAGAAAUGUCUAUUGCUUAUACCGAUCCAAUCCUUUCAGAUCUACAUGAGUGCCUAGGGUGAAGAGGCUAGGGAACGAUUUGGAAUUAGGGGGAGGGAGGAGAGGAGGGGGUGAGAACAUGACCCCCAAACCCUGCAGCUCUACGAACCAGCAGUCACCAAUGUUCACUGUUAAAAGUUUCAAGUAGUCAACUAUUUGGCAGAAACCCUAGUUGUCCCGAAAAGCUUUGCUUCCCCCAUCACUAAUAUUCACCACACUCACUCUCCUCUUCUCCUCCAUCUGUCCCCCCAUCCUGCAGAGUGAGUGACGAGCAGUGUCUGUUGAUCAUGUCGGUGCGGAAGGGAAAGCGCCUCAUCUCCAGGCUCAUCCCUUUCCUGCCUCCGCUGCAGGCCGCCACCGUUGUCAUGGGGAUUGCCCGGAACCUGCCCGCCCUGGCAAAGAAAGACAAACAGGACCAGGUAUAGAUAGAGGCACGGUUAGCGUCGGGUCUUUAUUGCAAAGCAUAAUGUUCUCAAUGAGAUGCUCAAGGCCACACAGAGACGCGCACACACACACAUACAUACAGACUCACCUACAUAAUUAUAGACUUACAUACGUAAGUGGUCUAUAAUUGCUUCUCCCCUCCCCCAGGUGCUGUGCUGGUUGGUGGAGCCCGUUGCCGUGGUGAUCUCAUCCCUAUCUAGCGCCGUCCUCACAGACUUGCUGCAGGAGCUGCAAGGCAGCGAGGGUCAACUGUCCAAAGUGUUGCAAAAUAAGGUACAUGCACUGACCCACUAUACAACCUGCCUGUUGUUAGAAUGAUGCAAAAUAGUGCACCUUACCUUUCUCUGUCCAGCAGUGAUAAUGGUUAAGGUUCAAUUACUAUAAAUAAGGCCAUGAUGGCAUUGAUGUUAUGAAGUCAGUGCACUCACUUUUACUGACUCCAUCUCUCCUUUUCUCCUCUCUCUCCAUCCUCCCAGUUUGGUGUGACGCUGCUUUACCUGAUCCUGAGUGAAGGAGAGAGAAUGCAGAGCUCCGACCCCAACUGUCAACUCAUGGAUGACAAUCGAUGGUGAGCACAGCCCUCCUUUUACUAGUCAGAAACCGGUGUGUGUGUUUUGUGAUUGGCUAAAUUUAGAAUGACUGUUAGAUUUUACAUUUAUCAAUAUUGGCUAGUAUUGUUCUGUCAGAAAAGCUAAAAAUAAGGUGCCAGUAAUAGCUAACGAUGCAUGGUCGAUGUCUCCACCUAGCGGCAGGUUUUGGAAACACACACAGCAACUAGAAACCUAUACAUCUCUUUUUGAUGUUGAAAACACAAAGGUUUGUUUAUUGGGUACUAAUUCUCUCUCCACCUUGUCUGUGUCCUUUUGCUUUUUCUUUCCCUCCCUCUCUUCUCUCUCCCAGGACGGAGUUGGUGUUCUCUGUGACCAGGGAGCUGCUCAACGUGCCCCCCUCGUCCCUGUCCCCUCCUCUCUUCACCCCUCCCAACCUGCUCUCUCUCUUCUCGCGCUACGUAGACCGACAGAGGCUGGAGCUGCUGCAGGAGAAGUUACAGUGAGUAGUCUCACGCAUCCUUAGCCCAAUUUCAAUUCUCCCUGAAGUGUGCUCUUCCUCACUCCCCUUUUUAAUUAUUUGAAAAGCAUGUGGGGUAAACAAGUUCACAUGCACAAUGCCUUGGCGCUUCUUCAGUACAUUGUGUUAAGGUGCUGAGGGUUGUGAGUUCACGUCCCAGUCAGAGGUGGAAUUUCCACUCUGUGGUCACUUCAGGGAGACUGAGGGCGGCAGUUAGCCUAGCGGUUAAGAGCGUUGGGCCAGUAACCUAAAGGUACCUGCUUCGAAUUCCUAAGCCGACUGGGUGAAAAAUCUGUCUGUGCCAUUGAGCAAGUUAAAUCGCUCGGAAUAAGAGCGUCUGCGAAAUUACUAAAAUGUGAAAUGUAGAAUGGGAGGAAUUGGAAUUAGGACACACACUCCCCUAUCUACUUUCUCACAAUAACCCCUCCGCCCUUCUCUCUUUCUCAGGAUCUCUGCAUUGUCCAGGUAGAAGUGACAUCAAGGAAACCCCAGUUGAAGCGUAUGUCUUUGUGUGUGUGUGCGUGCACUCUUGUACGUGUGUGCACAGAAGAGAGUAGGAUGUCUACUAGGGUUGAUAAUGAUUUUAAUCCAGCAGAAUCUCUUGUCAGUUUUUUCUUUGUGUCCAUUAGGUGUGUAUGCGUGUGUGAGUGAGCGAGAGAGCUAUGAACGGAGAGAAAAUAAAAUCUGCUUUUUUUAUUAUCUUGUUAACGUUGAUGCCUGUGAUAAAACAUCAAAUUAAAAGUAUUUCUAUUGUAUACAA